GUGUCGAGCUCUGGCCGCUCCUAGCUCGCGCGCCGCCACGUCGCCGCCCGCCUCCGGCCACCGCAGCACGCGCGCGGGUUCGAAUCGAACUCGAGACAAAACGGCAGCGGCCUGCGGACGCAGCUGCAACUGGAUGCGCCACCAGUAGCAGAGGGUCUGGGCGGCGCGCGUCAUGGACGCGGAGGGUUUGCUGGCGUCUGCGGCGAUCAACCUGGGGCUGGCGCUGGUGGCGCUGUCGCUCUUCUCCAUGCUGAAGAAGCAGCCCGGGAACGCGCCCGUCUACCAGCCGCGGCGGAUGGCGGCCGGCGGCGGCGGCGUGUUGCCGCUCGGCACGGGGCGGCUGACCCCGUCCUUCCGGUGGGUCGGCGCCGCGUUCCGGAUCUCCGAGGAAGACGUGCUGCGGCGCCACGGGCUCGACGCCCUCGCCGUCAUCCGCCUCUUCAAGUUUGGGAUCAAGUGUUUCAGUGUCUGCUCAAUUGUUGGAGUGUUGAUCCUUGCGCCGGUAAAUUAUACCAGUCAAGGCCCUUCCGGCCUCAAAAGGCCAAAUUCGAUGGAGCUUUUCACGGUGUCCAAUGUUACCAGGGGCUCUGACAGGCUUUGGGUCCAUUUCUCGUGUCUAUGCUUCAUAUCCUUUUAUGUGGUGUAUUUGCUUCAUAAGGAGUAUAAAGAAAUGUCCCACAAAAGAAUACAGCACUUGAAGUAUCACAGGAAGAGACCUGAUCAAUUUACCAUUUUAGUUCAAGGAAUUCCUAUAUGCUCAGAUCACGGAGCUUAUGGUUGUCAUGCUGAUCACUUCUUCUCACAACACUACCUGACAUACGAAUCAUAUCAAAUAUUACAUGACAUAGGAAAUAUUGAGGCAUUACAGAAGCUGGCAUCUUCCCUUGAGAAACAGAUAAAGAGGAAAAGAGAUACCCGAAGAUGUAGCUUUUGGAGAUGGAUCUGGUGCAAGCUCACAUUAGGAUCAAUAGAUGCUCACAGUCAGGAACGUAAACUGAAGGAAGUGCACCAGUCUAUUCGUCUCCUGCAGUGUGAAAACAUGCUUAAACAAAAGGAGUUACCCGUAGCUUUUGUCUCAUUCAAAUCCCGGUUGGAGGCUGCCCAAGCUGCUGAGAUGCAACAGCAUGUCAAUCCGCUAUCCCUGGUUACACGAUAUGCUCCCGAACCAACUGAUGCAAUAUGGUCAAAUCUGGCUAUUCCCUUCAGCCGUAUUGCUGCAUAUAAGAUUGGAGUCUUCAUUGCUGCAUUUCUACUAACGGUGUUCUUCACCAUCCCUGUCACAGCGGUGCAAGGGAUAGUACAAUUUGAGAAGAUUAAGAAAUGGUUCCCACUGGCUAGAGCUGUGCAACUUAUUCCAGGUUUGAAUUCUGUUGUAACUGGAUAUCUUCCAAGCAUGAUCUUAAAUGGAUUUAUCUACUUGAUUCCCUUCGCGAUGCUUGGUAUGGCUUCAUUUGAAGGUUGUAUUUCCAAAAGCCAAAAGGAAAUCAAGGCCUGCAACAUGGUGUUCUACUUCUUGCUAGGAAAUGUUUUCUUCCUGAGUAUUCUUUCAGGUUCUCUACUCGAUCAGAUAGGAGAAUCCUUUACGCACCCGAAAGACAUCCCUAGCCGUCUUGCUAGUGCUGUUUCUGCACAGUCAGAUUUCUUCAUCACAUACAUCUUGACCAACGGCAUGUCAGGAUUUUCUUUUGAGGUUCUUCAGUUUGGUUUGCUUACAUGGCACUUCUUGAAGGUGCAUUCAGUUGGACAUACUGACGAGCCGUAUCUCUAUGGCUUCCCUUACUACAGAGUUGUGCCCAUCGUUGCCCUUGCAGUGUUGAUUGGAAUGGUUUAUGCUGUAGUUGCACCUCUUCUGCUUCCGAUUCUUGUGAUAUAUUUUUUGCUUGGUUAUGCAGUGUUCAUCAACCAGAUGGAAGAUGUAUAUGAAAUCACAUACGACACUUGUGGACAAUAUUGGCCUAAUAUUCACCACUACAUCUUCCUCUCAGUCACGCUCAUGCAAACUACCAUGAUAGGUUUGUUCGGGCUGAAGUCGAAGCCAGGAGCUUCGUUUGCCACGAUUCCCUUGCUUGUGUUGAACAUCAUGUUCAACGAGUACUGCAAGGUUCGGUUUCUUCCAACUUUCCAAUGCCGACCGGUCCAGAUCUGCAAGGAGAAUGAUGACCUUGAUAAAACUGAGGGGGCAGCAGAAGGCAGCUCGGAUCAUGCCAUCAGGGCUUAUACACCGCCAUGGAUGCGUCCGAUGCAAUGCUCCUCAGAAUCCAGCUCGGUGCAACCUUUAGUUCGUUGUUUUGUAUAGUGCUAUUGGCAAUGCCGAUGGUUGCAAUCUUACAAGAGCCCCCAUCAGCAUGACAACAAACACAGAAACGCUGUGCCGUUUCUGUAAUUAUUCUGCAGUUAAAUAAGCAUUGUAAUUAUUAUUUUUCCUGCAGUUACAGGCAGCUCCACAAACUGAGCUGUUGACACUUGUAUUAUGCCAGCAUGUAUUCCUAACCGGGGAUUAGGGAUGUUCAUAUCCUGUCGAUCAAGGAAAACUGCAAUCAACACAUUUUGACA